GCACCGCUUGUACCUAUUCGUUAAUUCCGAUCAGCCUACUACGCGAACAACUUGGCCAUGCACCUUGUUUGCAUAAGCACGCCACGUCUGACCCACAUUUGCCUGUGCAGAAGGAUGCAAACAUCCAUCAAUGGCGACGGACGAAGUUCGACGAACAUCAUGGCGCAUGGAGUUACACAAAAGCGUUUCGCACGAAUAUGGCAUGUGAUGCAAAGGAGAAAGAGCGUAGGAUAUAAGGACGAAGGAACUCACCAUGACUGCUUCCACUACAUACCUCCAAGUCGUGCAAGUUCACUCAGCGAGCUUCAACAGUUUUCCAGUCUAUUUUCACCAAGCCGAGAUUCAUCAUACUCUUUGAAUCACUCGCCGAAAUGUCUCGCUACGCCGAAGCUCACAAGCUGGCCAACCUUCGCGGCGCUGGCGAUGCACGACCUACUGCCCUUCAGGUCAUCCAGGAUGAAGGCUUGACCGGCAGGCUUACUGACAAGGUGUUCCUCAUCACCGGUGUCUCCUCAGGCAUCGGCAUCGAAACCCUGCGCGCUCUCCACACCACGGGCGCCCACGUCUACGGUACCGUCCGCGACCUCGCCAAAGGACAAAAAGUCGUCGACGCCAUCCUUUCCGAGGCACACCCCUCUGGCGGCAAGAUCACUCUCAUCGAGAUGUCGCUCGACAGCUUCGCCAGCAUCCGCUCCGGAGCCGCAGACUUUCUCUCCAUGUCCAACAACACUCUGCACCUCCUCGUUGCUAACGCCGGCAUAAUGGCAACCCCCUACGGCAAAACCGUCGACGGUUUCGAAACCCAAUUCGCCACAAACCACCUCUCGCACUUCCUGCUCUUCCAGCUCCUCAAGCCCGCGCUCCUCGCCUCCGCAACCCCUUCCUAUCCCUCCCGCGUCGUCAGCGUCUCCUCAACAGGCCAUAUCCUCGGGCUCCCUCUCUUUGACGACUACAACUUCGAGUCCACCCCGUACGAUCCCUGGCGCGCCUACGGACAAUCCAAAACGAGCAAUAUCUGGUUCGCGAACAGUAUUGAGCGGCACUUCGGAAGUCAAAACUUGCACGCUACAUCCGUACACCCGGGACUCAUCACUGCUUCGAACUUGGGCACGCAUCUGCCGGACGAUCAGCAGGCGAUGUUCUACGAGCCGGAAGUACAGAGGACCGCGAAGAGUGUACAACAGGGCGCCGCGACGCAAGUCUGGGCUGCUGUUGGCAAGGAGUGGGCAAGCAAAGGGGGGAGGUAUUUGAGUGGUAUGGCGGAGGCGCUGAGUAACGAGGAGAAGGCGAAAGAGGAGGGGAUGCAUUAUAUGGCGAAUGAUGGGUACCAGAAGUGGGCGUAUGAUGGGGAGGGGGCAGAGCGGUUGUGGAGGGAGAGUCUUGGGUUGGUGGGGAUUGAGGCUGAAUGAUGUUGCGAUGCUGAGAGACUGCUUUGUGUUCGGCGUUGCGUUAAUAGUUAUUUUUUAUGGCAUAGAAGGAUUCUCGCUCUUGAAUCUAUCUUACUGGUGGUUCCUGAGAGA